AAAGACGCCAUGAGCAACAGGCCUAGCGAGAGCGAGCUCGCAUCCCAGAAAAGCGAAAAGAUCUCACGUGUCGGAAUCAAUCGCAUAACAAGCGAGGACGCCUUUCAAUCGGCCAUGGAAGUUUCCCGAAACUUUCCCUUUUCUGAGAGCAGCAUGUUUGACGCAAGUUCUGUCUUCGCCGACCGAGUUCCCAAAACAUAUGAUACUGCUGGUCUGAAGUUCCUUGUGGAGUUCCUUAGCGAGACCAUAGCUAUGUUCAACAUUACCGUUUUCCGUCCACGCGAUCGGGACGAGCCCCAGUACCUCCUCCUCUACACAAUCCUGUCCAAACUGGCGCUGCUAAGUUUAGGCCCAGGAUCACUGGUCAUCUUGCCAGCCGGCACUGAUGAUCCAUUUGCCGACGAGUCUGCACAUCUGGACGCGGAUCUGUUUGAAGAGGCCUCGUCCGAUGAAGGAGAACAGCGGUGGGAGGACGAAUGGGCGGAGGAAUACAGGAAAUCUGCGCCGUACGGUCGAGCUUGUCAUGUGUCGUUUUGUGCAUGUGAUGGGAUCCUGCAGGUCGUCCGCAGCUUGUUGUCCUCCGUGCAUCCCCCGGAAAUGAGGGCAUCACGGAAUGUCGAUCUGGAGACAGCUAUGGAGAAAGGCUACAAGGUAGUGAUGCUGGUGGAGCCGGUUAAGCAUAUUAUCUUUGGAUAUGACAUAUGGCAGCCCAUGGCAACAGCUAUAGAGCUGGCGAUCCUGAAUGGCAAGAAAGAUCCGGUGACGGUGCUGCUCACGGAUGGAAAGGAGUGGUAUUUCGCCUCUGUGCAGCUGGUUGGAGAGAUCAGCAAACAAGGACUUCCCCGGCCCACUCGAAACGAGUUCCGGGCAUGUGGCUACCGGUUCCGCCUCUUUGCUUGCAAAAGCUUCCUCUGUGACCUCAUGUAUUCAUUCAUCAAACGCGAGAGUCCAAAGGCUACGGUUUUCGCCUAUUUGCACGACGUGCUGUACCCUGGUGUAGACAUCUCCCAGGUCGCAGCUCAGGCUGAGCGGGGCAGUGAUGCACUUAAAACGCUGGCGGACGAGUGGGUGAAGGCCUGUAAGGUAGAUCUGGAUAGGAGUCAGAAGCUGAAGGACAUGGAGCGGGAGAUGAUGGCCUCAGAGCAAGAGGCAAAGGACAUGGAAGAAGAGGAGCAGGCCCUCAAGAGGCAGCUGCAGCAGCAGCAAGGCCAGUAAUGUUGGGCCUCUUCUCGUAGUGAGAGUUGAUGGGGCAGGCUUGCGGAAUCAGCCACAUUUGCAGCAGUCCUCAAAUAAGUAAACAUGGGAUGUUGAACGUUGGGCUUGUUGCUCCACUAAUGGGAAUGACUUCCCCCCCUUCUUGUUGCAUGGCCUGGAGGAAAGGGUUGUUUACCCUGCACCGAAAUGGAGCUGGCUGACCCACAUCAAGUCAGGGGUUCUUGGACAUAUGUUUGGAAUCGACUUGUAUUGUGGUGGAUUAGAUGUGUCAAGUGGACAUGAAGUAAUGCCGCGGAGCUGUCAGAGCCUGCACCGGCUCCAUGUCUCUACAUGUGUGUGUGGUCGCAUGUACGACAAAGAAUGGCAGGAGUGGGUGCCUGCUGGCACAGGAUGAAAAGGCAGUUCGAGGACUGUUGCCUCAGCAGGUGGUGCUGACUGCACUGGCUGGGCUUCCUGCCGCCCCUUGCUGCUGGCUUUUUAACAUAAAGGCAAUGGU